AUGACUUCUACAGACUUGUCCGAAGUGUUGAAGAUCCUGCGGUCACUUUAUCUCAGGGUGCAGACAUUGGAGGACUUUGCUGAUGGCAUCGUGUUCAAAGAGGGGCACAAAUCUCAGGUCAUUGAACAGUCUGACAGCUCACGGUUCUCAACCUUCAUCCGCGGUGUUUACGUCUGCUCCGACAAAGAGCUGCAACAGGUGCCGAGCAGUAACCAGAUCUGCACUUUGCCUGAACUGCUGGCAUUUGUUCUGAAUAAUCUGAAGCGCAAGAGGAAAAAUAAUGUCUUCAUACAUGGAUACAAGUUCUUGCCUCAUAAUGAACAACAGAGGAAUGCUGACAUUUUUAAAUUCCAAGGGGACAUUACUCAAAGUGCUGCCUACAUUCAUGGCAGUGAUCUGUGGAAGAAAGUCACCAAACGGCUUGGCACUGACAUUACCCGCUACCUUCUGGAAACCUGCUCCAUAUUUGUGGCAGUUCCCCCGUCUUGUUUUUUCCAGUGCCUCUCAGCCGUCAUUCCGCAGGCUUUGUGGGGUUCGGACCAAAACCGUGUUCAUUUUCUGUCUCAAGUCAGACGUUUUGUGUCCGCUGGGAAGUUUGAAAAGCUUUCCCUUUCUGACCUCCUAUGGAAGAUGAGAGUGAAUGACUGUGACUGGAUAAAGAUAAGCAAAACUGGUCAUGUCCCUCCAAGUGAGCUUGCAUAUCGAAGUCAGAUCUUGGGUCAGUUCCUGGCAUGGCUUCUUGAUGGAUAUGUUGUGGGUCUUGUUAAAGCCUGCUUUUAUGUCACUGAGAGUGUGGGACAGAAGAAUGCAUUGAGAUUCUACAGACAAGAUGUCUGGACCAAACUUCAAGACUUGGCUUUCAGAGUGCAUUUGUCAAAAGGUCAGAUGACAGAGUUGACCGCUGCUGAGGUGGCCUUACUACCCAAAUCUACUGUCAUCUCCCGUCUUCGCUUCAUGCCCAAGAGCGAGGGCAUGAGGCCAAUCACAAGAGUUAUUGGAUCGGACGUCAAGACAAGACUAUACAGAGGCCGUGUCCGUGACCUGCUUGAUAUGCUGAGGACAUGUGUGCGCUCCUCCCCUUCCAUCCUGGGCUCCACUGUUUGGGGAAUGACUGAAAUCCACAAAGUGAUGAGUUCGCUGGCAAUACAACAAAAAGAGAAACCACAGCCACUGUUCUUUGUUAAGGUGGAUGUGAGUGGAGCUUAUGAAAGUCUUCCUCAUGACAAACUUGUUGAGGUUGUAACCCAGACGCUGAGACCAUUUCUCGAUGAAACUUUUACUUUGCGGCGUUAUUCCAAGGUCUGGUCAGAUCCCCAUGAGGGUCUGAAAAAGGCAUUUGUGAGAGAGGCAGUAUUGCUUGAAGAUAACAUGGGCUCGAGCAAUAUGAAGAGUUUUGUGACGUCGCUGCAAAAGUCAGGGAAAAUUCAUCAUUCCAUACUUGUUGAGCAGCACUUUUCUUCUGAUCUUCGCGGCAAGGAUGCAUUGGAGUUUUUUACCCAAAUGCUCACUGGAUGCAUUGUUCAGUUUGGGAAAAAGACAUACCGCCAAUGCCGAGGAAUUCCCCAAGGAUCCGUUGUCUCCAGCCUACUGUGCUGCCUUUGCUAUGGUCAUAUGGAGAACAUGCUGUUUGGUAGCCAAAAUACCAAACAGAGUCAAAAUAAAAGUCACUUAAUGAGAUUUGUGGAUGAUUUUCUCCUCAUCACACCAGACCUGAACGAAGCUCAAGCGUUUCUGAAGAUUUUGCUGCCCGGAGUUCCACAGUAUGGUCUGGCCAUCAACCCACAGAAAGUAGUUGUAAAUUUCAAGUUUACUGAAGCUGUGGCUGGUAUUGGUCCUGAAAUUCGAGUUCUGCCCCCUCGCUCCAUGUUCCCCUGGUGUGGCCUGCUCUUAGACACUCACUCCCUGGACGUCUACAAAGAUUACUCCAGCUAUGCAGGCUUAUCACUGCGCUACAGCCUCACGUUGGGCUCUUUCCAUUCAGCGGGUCAACAAAUGAAGCGGAAGCUGAUGGCUAUUCUUCGACUCAAGUGUCAUGCUCUGUUUGUAGACUUAAAGACAAACUCUGUUGAGGCAGUCUAUCAAAACAUCUACAAGAUGGUCCUUCUUCAUGCGUGCAGGUUCCACGUGUGUGCCCAGAGUUUGCCCUUUGCUCAAACGGUUGCUAAGAACUCCAAUUACUUCCUGCAAAUGAUCUGGGACAUGGCAGAGUAUGCCAAUCAGCUGAUCAGGAAACGCAACAAAGGACAGAUUUUGGGUAGCAAAGCACAAACGGGCGUUAUUCAAUAUGAAGCAGUGGAGUUGAUUUUCUGCCUUUGUUUUCUGGUCGUCUUGUCUCAACACCGCUCUGUGUACAAGGCUGUCCUUUCCCGGCUCCAACAGAAAAAACGGAGUCUGCAGCAACGCCUUGGUGAUCUGAGAGUGGCCAGAGUUAGACAAGCUGUUGGCUGUAGGAUUCCUGAAGACUUUUUAGUUAUUCGGACAUAG